AAAAAUGUUAUGGGCUCAGUGGAAUCACUGUGUGAAUGAUCUGUCUACUCCAGUACUAGUGCUGGCACUUCUAGGCAUUUUACAGUCUUUGUAGAACAGACUGCGCUGUGUUUUUAUCUGCUUGAUUGUCAGUAUGGUGAGCAUCUACUCCGUGUUCUUUGCCUGGAGAGCAAACCUGAAUAUUGAGAAGCCUCUUCUGCUGGGAGUGGUGGAGCGCUUCUGGCUGCAGGCUGAUGCUGGGGUGUGUGUUCUGGCUGGUCUGGGUCUGAGCUGGGCCGUGUGUUGGCCGAAUGGGCGUCUGGGCUGGGGGACACUGUGGAACACAGGAGCCUGGAUACACACUGCAGGCCUCAUCUCACACAUGAUCAGCUUAAACCACAAAGAGUGUGGUCAGAGCGCUAAUGACGUGGUGGACAGGUUUGCCCGUGAGGUUGUGUUGUCACUGCCGGCGAGCUCGUUGGUUCUGACUCGUGGUGAUCUCCCAGGAAACACACUGCGCUACCUGCACUACUGCCAGGGUCUCCGGCCAGACCUCAGCCUUGUUGACCAGGAGAUGAUGACGUAUAGCUGGUAUGUGGCAAAACUCCAGAAGCAUUUACCUGGAGUCACGUUUCCAGGGUGCUGGUGGGAUCCAAUCAACACCAUGGAAAAGAAAACAUUCAGCAUUGAGCAGUUUCUCAAGCACAAUAUGCACAGGCCAGUGUUUGCAUGUAUUGGCCUAACUGAGGGUGACCCCAGCUGGGAGAGGAGUUUCUCUCGUUGGCCCUGGGGCGUCUGUGAGCAGUUAGUACCUGUCAAAACCCCAUUUGACCCUGAAAAAUGGGCCCAAAAAACACUUGACCUUUACAACUGGAGCCAGCCACAUGACAGGUAGCACGAUUACUUGUGUUUGUGGUUUACUUAGGAAGU